UCUAAUUGUCAUUUCAAUAUAAACAAUUUACAAGUUGAGAAUUUAUUUAAUCAUUCCAGUGUAUAUUAAUUCAGCGAUGACUAUUUAUCAUUUAUAUAUUUUUGACAAAUUCGGCACUAUGCUUUAUUAUGCCGAAUGGAACCGUACAAAAAAAUCUGGUGUUAGCAGAGAAGAGGAAGCGAAGUUAACCUACGGCAUGCUCUUUUCAAUAAAGAAGUUCGUCAGUAAAAUAUCUCCACAUGAUCCACGCGAAGGAUUUCUUUACUACAAAACAAACAGAUAUGCGCUUCACUACAUGGAAACACCUUCUGGUCUCAAGUUUGUGCUAUAUACCGACACUGCGGCAUUGAAUGUGAAAGAACUCCUACAGCAAUUGUACAGCAAAAUCUGGGUGGAGUAUGUCGUGCGUGACCCACUUUGGAAUCCAGGGACUCCUGUAACAUCCGAACUCUUUCAAACGAAAUUAGAUGAAUUUAUAAAACAGUCGGCACUUUAUGGCAUACGUAAUAUAUAAUAUAUGCAUAAUUUCAUUAGUGCAAAUUUCAUUUUACACAUUUACGUUCCGUUGGGUAACUAUUCGCUCAAUAUAAGUAUAUGUUAUAAAUAUUUUUUAAUUAAAUAUUAAACAAGUAUGCAAUUAUUUUUACUUAAAUUAAA